AGCGAGCGGCUCUGCCGUCGUGAGGUAUGCGUUUUUAAUCCUUCGAAUUUUCUUUCCGAAUCAAACCCCUGCUAUUUCUGGAACCUUCUUCUUUCUACUAAGUACUUGUAAAAAUACCUUCUUUCUUCAAUUUCAAUCUCUUUUCCUGUUUCACAGCUUACAGCUUCUUCUCCUUCUCCUACUCUCGGUUGCUUUCUGCUGUAAAUAAGCUCUUCGUUCCUUAAUCCUCGUUUAUAUCGAUGAUGAACGGUUGAGAUUACCGUAAGUCCCACGAAAGCGUGCUCAACGGACGUUCCAAGGCUUUGGACUGGCUGGCUGACUGACUGGUAGGUCGACAGAAAAAUGCGAUUUCUGUUCUUGAAUUCCUUGGACACGAUCGAACGGUGGAUUCGAUGAGUUGUUGAAAAACUUCCAUGGAAGAGAGGGAAAGGAACGGGGUCCCUGCUGAGGUUUUGCACAAAGGUUUGGAAGAUGAUGUGAUUUAUGGUCUGGAGAUUGUGGGAGAUUUAGGGAAGAAAGAGUUUGGCAGCUACGUUGAUGUUUCUGAAGUGGGAGGGGGUCUGAAUUCUGGAACGGGUAAUGGUCAUUGUUUCAACGGAGGAGAGGAUCGGAAGUCGGAUUGUGUGUAUACUCCUUCAAGCAUGGAGAUUUCAAAGUUCAAAGAGUCUCCGCUGAGUGGUGGUUCUCCUUCUCCUUCUUCUCCUUCUCGUCCUGGCUUGGAGCAUUCUAAAACUGCCCCUAUGGUCUAUGAUGCCUACGAUAAUCUAUUUGAGAGACAUGAGCUUACUUUACCCAGGUCUAAGACUGAGAAAAAGGAAACUCCAAAGCAUGACUUGAAAAUAGAUAGGCUACCAGAACAUGAAAAGAAAAAGAUAAUUGAGAACAUUGUUAAAAUUCAAAAUAAUGGGACAGUGGAGGUUGAUGUGGCUCGAAGUGCACCAGUAGCAUCAGAACUGUUAGAGCUUGAUUCUGGUUUAGUGUCCACUGAUGUUGAAGAUACGACUAUGGAAUUCAAUAAGCCUGUUCCGAGAUUGAAAAUUGCAAUGCUUGUAGUUGGAACAAGAGGAGAUGUCCAGCCUUUUCUGGCCAUUGCAAAGAGACUUCAGGAGUUUGGUCAUCAAGUUAGAUUUGCAACUCAUGCCAACUUCCGCAAUUUUGUGAGGUCAGCUGGCAUAGACUUCUAUCCUCUGGGUGGUGAUCCACGUAUUUUGGCUGGAUAUAUGGCAAGAAAUAAGGGUUUUCUACCAUCUGGACCAGCAGAAAUAUCAGAACAAAGGAAACAACUGAAAGCCAUUAUUCAUUCCUUACUUCCUGCAUGCACAGAACCCGACUUGGACUCUGGUGCUCCUUUCAGAGCUCAGGCAAUUAUUGCAAACCCUCCUGCUUAUGGACAUGCACAUGUUGCUGAAGCUCUUGGUGCCUCCCUUCACAUCUUCUUCACGAUGCCCUGGACGCCAACUCAUGAAUUUCCUCAUCCACUAGCCCGUGUGCCUCAAAGUGCAGGCUAUAAGCUUUCAUAUCUUGUUGUGGACUUAAUUAUAUGGUGGAGCAUAAGGGGAUUCAUUAAUGAUUUCCGGAGAAAGAAGCUCAAGCUUUCUCCUAUUGCAUACUUUAGCACAUACCAUGGAUCCAUAUCUCAUUUUCCAACAGGAUACAUGUGGAGUCCACACCUUGUUCCGAAGCCAAGUGAUUGGGGUGGCUUAGUGGAUGUUGUUGGCUUCUGCUUCUUAAACCUAGGGUCAAAGUAUCAGCCUCAGAAAGAGUUUGUUCAAUGGAUUGAAGAAGGGCCAAAGCCCAUAUAUAUAGGGUUUGGUAGCAUGCCUCUUGAUGAUGCAAAGAAGACCACAGAUAUCAUUCUAGGGGCAUUGAAAGAUACCGGACAAAGGGGGAUAAUUGAUAGGGGUUGGGGAGAUCUUGGGAUACUUCCAGAACUUCCUGACGAUAUUUUUCUCCUUGAGGAGUGCCCUCAUGAUUGGUUGUUUCCACAGUGUGCUGCAGUGGUUCAUCAUGGUGGAGCUGGUACAACUGCCACAGGACUUAGGGCUGGGUGUCCAACAGCUGUUGUACCAUUCUUCGGUGACCAGUUCUUUUGGGGUGAUAGAAUUCAUGCAAUAGGAUUGGGACCUGCACCAAUACCUAUUUCAGAGCUCAGUAUUGAAGGUCUUUCAAAUUCUAUCAGAUUUAUGCUCAACCCAGAGGUGAAGUUACAAGCAAUGGAAUUAGCGAAAAAGAUAGAGAACGAAGAUGGUGUUGCUGCAGCAGUAAACGCCUUUCACCGACAUUUACCUCCAGAACUGCCAAUGCGAACUGCCUCCUUAAACGACCCAGCAGAGACCAACCCUCUUCAAUGGUUGCUUCAACUCAUUGAGAAAUACUGUUGUCUUCCUUGUGCACCAUAGCAUUCCUUUCAAUGAUGUGUAUAGAAUUUAGUUGCUGUUCUUUAGGCCAGUUAUUCUCUUCAUUUGUUGUAUUGAUUUUGAGAUCGCAUCUGUAACUAAUAAAAAAAGUAUAUAUUAUAUAAAAAAAGCCUGUGAUAUUCAUUUAGCUAGUA